UAUUUCAAAGAACAUCUUUGACAUUUUAUGGGAGUGCAAACGCAAAGUGCAAAUAAUGUAAACAGUGAAGUGCGCGUUGGUUGGAGGCAUGAGAGAUACCGAAAUAGUUUGUUGUUACGUGCUAGAAGCUAUAAUCUAAUAAAGAUGCACAGCAUUUCGGACCUUAGUAGGAUAGUAGUACGUUACGGGAGAACAAAAGUGCAUUUCAGGGGGAUGAAGACUAUGCUUCUACAUACGAAGUGUAGUUGUGAGAACAUGUUUCGAUGUUUUGGAAAUACUAUAAACAACGUUGACGAUAGUGCUUCAAGCAUAAAUACAAAUGGCGCUUCUGAUGUAUAUACACCGUUUUAUAAAUUUCAGUAUGUUCUUGCUGCAAGAAAUCUAUCCAGACUGAAGUGGUAUCAAACAGUUUGUACUGCGCUGAGUAUUCCAACAGCGCUGUGUUUGGAAGUAGCUGGUUUGGUGCCAACUGAUACUGUGAAAGCGGUUUUUAUUUUAGGUGCAAUGGGGACACUUGCUCUACACACAAUUGGUGUACUUGGCACUAAUGUAGUAGGAGCAUUGUACCUCAAUUCAUCUGAGAGCCUUGUAAAGAUUUCUUAUCUGGAUUUCUAUGGUCGCCGUAUUGAUACCAUCUGUGGUAAAGAAGAUAUAAUGUUGUUGUCUGAGUUAGCAGAUGAACCAAAUGACGUGUAUAUUUACCUCAGGCGUUACUCCACUUCACAGAAACUUAAGCUGAGUUUAAGAUUUGGAAAAAUUUUACACAUGGAUAAAUUUGUAUCAGUCUUUGGUCAAAUAAAGUAAUGUUUUAUUACCUA